CACAUAUCUAUCUUGUCCCUUAGCUAACAUGCAGAGCUGUAUUAUCAUGAUGGGUCCCGAUGAUCUUUUGCCACUUAGCAUUUCGUCCCCACCAGCACUUCCACAAGAGUGUACCCUUUUAAGGCUUAAUCAUGAACAUCCUCACAUUCCUCACAUACUCUCUCUCUCUCUCUGAGAAACAUUUGUUGCAGUUCAUAAUUAGGGAAUUGAUUCUAUCAUCAUUUAUGGCUUCCUUUUGGUCAAUCUUGACAAUGUUUAUGCUCUUUGCUGCCUACUCUUCAUUAGCUUCAGCAUCUGCUCUAAAUAUGAAAGUUUCAACUAUUUCAGCUGCCCCUGCUAUCUUGCCAAGUGCUCCUGCAUCCCCUCCAGUUCUAUCCCCAGACAUUAGUCCCUUGUUCCCUUCUCCUGGUGGUGUGGCACGUCCUUCUUCUGAGUCAUCACUGCCUACUAUCCCUUCGAGCCGGAGCCCUCCUAACCCGGAUUUUCUGGAUUCUCCUGGGCAUGAUGCAGCCUUUCCACCGUCUGGGUCUUUGCCGGCAUCGUCCUCAAUUUCUAUAGCUCCAUCCGGGCCUCUAGACUUUGUUUUACUGCUAGGUUUGGUGAUGGUUUGCAUGGUGCAGAGCGUUGGUAUAUGAGGAGAUGCUGGUGAUCAGCUUCAAUUAUUGUUACUAGUGGUUCCACUUUAUGAAUUAUGUCGAUUUGUUUUUUGGGUACAUGCUAUGUUCUAGUGCGGUUUCAGGUAUGAAAGGGCAUUGCCGUGUACUGUGAUAGGAUAAUGUCGGGGAAAAAAGUACAAAAUAAAGAGUAGAUGCUUUCAGAAA